UCUGGAAGUGGUGGUGUUUGGGGAGAGUUUCGCGGCGACCGGCUACAACCGCGAGGGGGCAAAAUGUCGGAGAGGAAAGUGUUAAAUAAAUACUACCCGCCAGACUUCGAUCCGUCUAAAAUCCCUAAGCUUAAACUUCCAAAGGACCGGCAAUAUGUGGUCCGGCUGAUGGCUCCCUUUAACAUGCGGUGCAAAACGUGUGGUGAAUACAUUUACAAGGGCAAAAAAUUUAAUGCCCGGAAGGAGACGGUCCAGAAUGAAUCUUACUUGGGGCUUCCCAUCUUCCGGUUUUACAUCAAAUGCACCCGCUGCCUUGCAGAAAUCACAUUCAAGACAGACCCUGAAAACACAGAUUAUGCCAUGGAGCACGGAGCCACCCGAAACUUCCAAGCUGAGAAGUUGCUGGAGGAAGAAGAAAAGCGUUUGCAGAAAGAAAGAGAAGAUGAAGAGCUGAACAACCCCAUGAAGGUUUUGGAGAACAGGACCAAAGAUUCCAAACUAGAGAUGGAAGUUUUGGAGAACUUGCAGGAGCUGAAAGAACUCAACCAGCGGCAGGCCCACGUUGACUUUGAAUCUAUGUUGCAGCAGUACAAGGAGUUCGAGGAGCAGCAGAAACAGCGGGAGUUGGAGGAGGACGAGCAGGAAAUGAAAGCAAUGCUGGAGCAAGCCCAAAGCAGGAGACUGCUUGAAGACUCUGAUUCAGAGGAGGACCCCGCUCCAGCUCCCCCAAAACAGCUUGCAAAAGGGAAGCCAACCGACAUCCUGCAGCAGGAUUCGGAGCCGCAAGCUAAAAAGCAGAAGCUGGAAACCUGGCAGAAGAGCGUGGGAAAAUUUUCGGUGCAGACAAAACUGUCAGGGUUGGUGACUGCCAAAAGGAAGUCCGUUUCCAUGGUGGCCAAUGGAGCAGGAAGCCAGGAUGUGCCAUCCGAACAAGGGAAGCAGAGCGCUCAUGGCACUUCUACAGGGACCGCACCUGGCUCGAGCACAGGGGUCUCUUCCCUCGGCCUUCUGGGGACUUACUCUGACAGCGAGGACAGCAAAAGUGACUGAAUUCUUAGACAAGGAAGGCUGGUUGGGUUGCAAGAAGACGUUCUCCAGCCCUCCGCUUCUGAACUGCCUGUGAGUAGAGGGGCUUUUUCGUUCUGUAGAAUGCCGGCUGAAAUCUGGGAGGUCCUGCUGGUCCAGACGGUUGCCUGUCGCCUUUCUUGCCUUCAUCCUUGUGACCAGUAAGCACGGCAAGGACCAUUCCUUUUUCUAUGAUGAAGAUGGUGGACAGAGUGGUACCCUUUCUCAAGUACUUCCUAACGCAGCUCUUGGUGGAAUACAGGACCAAACCAUCUGACGGUCUGGGUUGAAUGAAAAGAACAGCCAUCUUCACUCCUCUCCCCCCCUGAAUCUCUUCCUGUUGUUUAAUGCAGUGUUUCUCAACCUCAGCCACUUUAAGAUGUGCAGACUACAACUCCCAGAACUCCCCAGCUGAAGUCCAUACAUCUUAAAGUGGCUGAGGUUGAGAAACACCGCUUUCAGGGACCUGAAACAUUUGGAGCAAACCAGUCCUGUUUAGCUCUAUCAAAUGGGUCUGCUCCAAAGCAGAAUAGAUGUCAAAGUUCACCCUGGUUGCUUGGUGUCUUUUUUUCUUUUUACAAACAAUAGCUGUCCUAUCCAGCCUGGGGAUAUAGUGGCCACAGAGGCUAAAUCCUCUGCGUCUCAUUGUUUUCCCAGUCUGCAUCUUGCUCAUGGCAGUUUGUAAUGAAUAAAUCCCACAUUCCCCAGAGUCUUGCCUGUGACCGCAAUGCUCAUGGACUCAAUCACCUGUGUUCUCAAGUGAGAUCAAUGUAUAACUCAGUGUUUCUCACCCUUGGCAGCUUGAAGAUGUGUGGACUUCAA